UUUGUUUCAAAUAACAGUUAUCUUCUUCACUUCAACUAUAAUAUCCCAACCAACUCUCUCUCUCUCUCUUCAAUUUACUCUUUCUUUCUUUGCUUUGGAAUUUAUUGAAAUUUUUAUUCUUCUUAUUAUUAUCACUACCUUUUUAUUUUAUUUAUUUAUUUUUGAUAAGUUCAAAGGACUUUCUUUUCUUCCAUUUUUCUCUAUUAGCUUUUUCUAAGACACGUUAUGGCAGAGGAAGAGGCCAAGAAGAUUGAAUCAGAAUCUCCGUCGCAGCCUCCACCAGCUACAGUUCCGGCUCCGGCUCCGGCUCCAGUACCGGAAGAGAAGGCCACCACUGAAGAAGCUCCCAAAGAUGAAACCCAGGAGAAAGCUGUGAUUCCACCACCUUCUUCUGAGGACAAGCCUGAUGAUUCCAAAGCUCUUGUUGUUGUUGACAGUAUAGAGACUAAGGCAUCUGAUUCUGGUAUAGAGAAAAGUAGUAGUGAGGGUUCUGUCAACAGAGAUGCUGUGCUUGCAAGGGUUGCUACAGAAAAAAGGAUGUCUCUUAUCAAGGCAUGGGAAGAGAGUGAAAAGUCUAAGGCAGAGAACAAAGCUCAAAAGAAGUUGUCUUCCAUUGGAGCAUGGGAAAAUAGCAAAAAAGCAUCUUUGGAGGCUCAGUUGAAGAAGCUUGAGGAGGAUUUAGAGAAGAAAAAGGCAGAAUAUGUGGAAAAAAUGAAGAACAAGAUGGCUUUGAUCCACAAGGAUGCAGAGGAGAAAAGAGCAACCAUUGAGGCAAAGCGCGGGGAAGAUCUUCUCAAAGCAGAGGAAACCGCAGCUAAAUACCGCGCCACUGGAACUGCUCCAAAGAAGCUCCUCGGUUGUUUCUAAUUUUUUAAUUCUCAGAUUUCUUCUUCUUAUGGAUAAUUCAGAUGUGGUUGUUUUAACAGAUGAUAUAUUGGUUUCAAAUUAGUUUGUGUGCAUAAGUUCUAUAUUUGUGUGUAUAGACGUUUGGAGGGCAAACAAAAAAGUGUAAUUUAAUUGUGAAAGAUUAAGUUUUGUUUUAUCUUUA